UGUAAGAAUGCCGGUGGUAUCGUCACCUCGCGUCAUUUUUAGGCAAGCUUGUUCGCAUUGACGAUUCGAUUAUAAAAGCUUUCAUACCUCGCUUCAAAUAAAAAGUCCAGUAUGACGGAUAUAAUUGGUUUUGGAUAUGCAGCAUUUGUUGCUGUUGGAGGUGUCAUUGGCUUUGUAAAAGCUGGUAGCACCAUAUCAUUGUUGAUGGGAUUGACCAUGGGUGGCAUGGCAGCUUAUGGUGCCUCGUUGACAUCAAAGAAUCCAACUAACUGCCUUGUUCUCUUUGGUGCUUCUGCCAUCCUACUGGUCGUCAUGGGAAUGCGAUUUAUGAACAGUGGAAAAUUCAUGCCUGCUGGCUUGCUGUCUGCACUGAGUUUGUUCAUGGUGUUACGUUAUGGGAUUCGUCUGCUGUAGCUUCCAUCUGCAGCUUGAUCGCUUCAUUUCGAGAACCACCUUGCGGUAUUUUUUUAGCUUCCAAGAACCCUGAUCUAGCAAUUCACAUUUUUGUACCGACGAUUUAUUGAGAUCACUACUUAUCAGAUUUUCAUUGGACAGAUUUUUAGAAUGAGAGUCCAGAAUUUGAUAUUUGGUCUUACUUGUACAUGCUGUCCUUUUACCAACUUACCAUACAUAUAAUUAAAGAAUGCUUUUUUAGGGAAAUGGCCCAGUUCGGGUGUCUUCAUUUUUGCUUCCACUGGCUACAUUCUGACAAAUACCAAUUCAGCCCUGUGCUAAUUGUUUUUACUAGUAAAACAAGUCACUGUUUUCAGAAUACUGGGAAACUGCCAACAUGACUCUCUGUACUGGAAUGCUUUUGAAGAGGUCAAAGAUUCAGAUCCCCACUCCUGGCAACGUUCUUACUCAUUUUCUUAAAAAGCAGCAACCUUAGGCCUGUUUUAAAACGUCAUGCUUAUGCCGUGUCGAAUACAGUUUUCAACUUGAUUUUUGUAUUCGGCAUGGCAUAGGCACAUUUGAAAACCAGUUUGGCUCAGCAAAUUGAUUUCAGCAUGGCAGAGGAUUUUGGCGACAGGGUCUGCCAUGCUUAUGUCAUCAAGUACGGCAGAAUCAUGAUGUGAUUUCAAAUGUCAUGCUACUGCGGAGUUGAAUACAAUUUCUAUUCGAAGUUGGUCCUAAACUUUGUUGAUAAUUAAGAAUGCAAAUGUUCACAUGUAGUAGAGUUGAAAAAUAACCAACAAACACAUCAAUAAAUAUGGCCACUAAAAUGGACAUUUCUCGAAAUGCACAGGGCAACCUUGCAAGACGGAGCUCGGGGGAGAUUGGGGUUCGAGUUACACCAUUUCUCUUUUAAAUUCCUGCUUGAUUACAGAUAAGAUAUACUCAAAGAUGACCUUUAAAACUAAAAAUCCUGUCUGAAUGUCGGAAUAAGACUCCCAAAUAUGGGACUGUUUACCUGGGUGAUACUUUAUGGAGAUGUCACUGCUAGAUUGCUGGGAACCAUACCAGAAUAAAAAGGACUCAAGUUUUUUUUUAGGAAAAAAUUCGUUUUCCUUGUGACUCAGGCUGAAAAAUUGCAAAAUCACCUGUUGUGUUGGUCCACCAUGUUGGAUUAUUUAAGUUCGAUUGGGUUUUUUAAAUCAAGUUCAACAUUGAAACCACCACCAUGCUUACGCCAUGCUCAUUUCAUGCUCAAUGGAAUUUUAUUUGACACGACAUAAGCACGACAUUUGAAAUGGGUCUUAGAAUAGAUGUACAUGUAUGUUUCAAUACUUAUUCCAUAAAGCAGAGCUCUGAAAUUUUUCUUCUUUUAAUUAGGAUAUACAUGUAAUUGCUUUCAAAACAUCAUUUUGUCUUUAGAAUUUACAAAUUUCAAGUUCCUGCAUUUGACAUCCGAAGAAGAAAAAUUGGUUUAAGGUUUGUUGUGUUCACAGGAAAGCUUUGUUGUAACUAACUCAAAAAGGGAAAAAUGUUUCACAUAUUUUGAGACGUUACUUGUUGGAGUGAAAGGUAGCUCGAUUUGUAUUUUGCUUUUUACAAUUUAUUUGUUCAAAGCACUUUUGUUGGAAUGCUUAGAGAAAAUACUGUUGGAAAAUAAAUGGUACUAUAUGUAUGCCUCAUAAAAAUACUUGUAUUUUGAAA